GGCCGAUGAAAUGUCGAAUGUUCGUUUGUAACCAUUUGCGAUGAAAUUUCGCAAAACUGCCUCAACUAGCCCCAAAAUGGAGCUGUUGAGCCGAAGAUCAUCGAGUAAUCCGAUAUCUUCGUUAAAAAGAUCGCGAUCCGUCAGAGCGUCGUUGAAACUGGUAUCAAAGAUUCGAAGCCACGCUAAUUCCAUGAUUGUUGUUCAGCCUCCGAGUUCGUUAUACCCGGCAGUCUCCCAGCACAAUCCCGAAGAAAUGUUUCGUCCGGCAAGUGCAUCGCCUCUGGGAAUUGCUUCGAAGGCGGUUAAGGAACCGCUGAAAAUAUUUACCGACCCGAAGACAAAGCGUUCGAACUGCCGAGUGACUCAGGAAAAGUCUCGAAAGGCUGCUGACGAGGAAGCUUUUCGCUUCGAAGCAAAGCAGGAAAAAAUUGAUUUGCAUGUAUCGCAGAACGAUUCGCCCGAGGAAGAGGGCGAAAACAGCGAUGGGAAUUCGACGAACAAUUCGACCGUGACAAUGAAGGUCGAAAAGUUUUCGUUCGCGGACAGAAUCCGUGGCCGAGGUAAGAAGAAUCUGCCGAAAAUGAAGAGUCUCGAAGUGAAAAGGUCAUCCUCGAUGGUAGAGAACUGCGCCGUCGCUACCAAAGAUCUGACAAAGUCGCCAAGAAGUCCGGGCAGCUUUUUUAUUCGCCGGGACAAAAUUCAGGGGCAGGUGAAAACGACCAGGGACUCAGAAAAUGGCGGCGGUUCUGAGCUGCGGAUAGUUUUGGGCGAGUUCAACUCCUACGAGAAUCCCAUGUUCAGUUUGGACAGCUCGACGAACUCGGACGCCUGCAGUUGCACCCUGGCGAAUAUCGGCGAACCGGAUUCUCCGGUCUCUCGGAAAAAUGCGGGGAGUUUUGGUAACGAAUUUUGCGACCUUAGUGACGCUAGUUCAAGGGAAAUCCGACCAAGCGAUGCUGGUGAAACAAUGCCGAGUAUUGGGGUUUACGCGAAUCCGUUGAAACCCCCCAAACCAAAGACCAUGGAUAAUAUCACGAACUUUCUUACAAGCAAGAAGAGCGCUACUUUACGCCCUAAUAAACCUAAGUGCAAAAUUGUGUCGAAAGAGUUUAGGGACGAUGAAACGAGCCCGCAGUCCAGCCAGUCGUUGCAGAGUAUAAACUGGCGCCGAAGACUGAGCACUUCUUCGUCAGGUUCGAUGUUGGCCUCGCGACAAGGGAUGGAGUUCCUGGAGGGGUUUGGAAAAAAGAAACAUCAACAGCAACAACAAAUUCAUCUAGUGUCCGCGACUCACCUGAACCCUCUAACGGCACAACCUAGUCUCAACAUACACUUACAUGCUUUGUUCGCUGCGGUUGAGCACGGGCAUUUGGACAAGGCAAGAACGAUUCUUGAAUCAACUGACGUCGAUGUAAACAGCGUCAACAGUGACGGAUUAUCCCCGUUGGACGUUGCUGUGCUAAGCAACAAUAGACCUCUGGCAAAAAUGCUGGUUGCAUUUGGUGCUCAAGAAGGAAACCAAUUCAAAUCGCCGGAGUCGCUUGGCAGUCAUUUGGCAUCUUUACUCUCCGAGGCUGAGCACAGAGUCCAAGAGCUUGGUGGGAGUUCGACUAGUACAGGAACCACACUUCUGGAGCCACCAACUCACAGAGCAAGUUUUUCGACACCGCACAAUAAUCUGACAGGAUGCGGAGGUAACGCCGAAGACAAGCAACUCGCACUGUGGGAGAGGAGAGCCAGAGCAUUGAGAAAAAUGUUGCUAGGAUUUGAUCAAGCCCGUCCGCCAGAUAUGCCGUUUCUGGUUGCAGUUGAUGUCACCGGGACAACUUCCGUAACGGUGAGAUUUCAGGAACCGGAUUCUCACGAUUCUUCGAUCUGUACUAAAUUCAAGGUACAGUGGAGCGUCAGGGAAGAUUUUUCCACCAUAUGUGGGGACAGGGAAGUUUUGGACAUGAAGCAGCGGGAGUGCAGAGUCGAAAAUCUCGCGCAGGGGCAAAGAUACUACUUCAGAGCUGCCGCGGGUAAUUUGAAGGGUUACAGCAGGUUCAGGCCGUCCACCCCUGCCCACGUUACCCCAAGCAGUUGGAGAGACAUCGAUGGUCGCUUGCCGCGUUUCGCUGGUCGCCUUCAGCAAUUGGAUACGUUAUUCACGGACAUCAGGCGGCCAGAAUACACGCAGGAAACACCGGCCGUACAACGAAGAAAUCACAGGAAAAAGACAACUAUCAAACAGCUGUUCACAGCUACGAGCAAGUUUCAGAAAAAUCUGAGAAGGGGCGUGUAUUUGGCGUGUUUGUUGUAUCAUGAAGAUAAGGUGCUGGUCACGAAUGAGGACUUCUUGCCGGUUAUCGAAAUCGACGAAACCUAUCCCAGCUGUAUUUACAACGAUUUUCACUGGCUCAUGAAAGUUGCCUGUACCUGGGACGACGUCAAGUCUCUUAGACAAGACAUGGAAAAAAGUCAUAGCAGCUCAACCAUUCAUUUUAGGAUCAAAUUACUCCAGGCUGCUGCUCAAAUGCAAGCAGCUCUUUGUAUACAAGAUUUGGGUCAGUUGUACUAUAAACCGAUAAGAGAUGUGCAAGGAACCAUGGUUCUGUCCGCUAUAAAUUAUGUCAAAUCGCCAAAGCUGGUGUCUGUUUUGAAUAGCCGCUGGCUGCCGCUUAGCAAAGUUACCAAAAAACUGAUCACCCACGAAGAUAGUAGCGUCGCUGAUAUCCUUAUGGCCAGCAUCCAGGAUCAGAUGACCUAUCAUCAGGUCAGCAGCAUUAAGUUAUCCAAGGGCUUGUACCUAGGAUAUCUAAAAAUGCAGAGCAGCGUUGAUUUGAUUCAGGUCGUUGUACCAUCCAAGACUCCAAAUGUAUUGCCUCACUGCAAGAUACGUGACAACCCUCACGUCUCUGCGGAAGAAUGGGACUACCUGAAACGGAUGACCAGAAUUCAGCCCGGUGAACAAUCCGCCAUUGAAGAUACCGAAGAAAAGGAGAACGCAGCAAACGAAACACAAGGGACUGAACAGCAAAAGCUAUUCGUGGAUUUGGUUUCCGCGACAGCAAGACGACUGUUUGGAUACAUGGAAAUAAAUGUCGAAGAUUCUCUGAACCAUCGAUUGUACGAUGCCGAGGUGAUAGACCUGACACCUGACGUUUCGUUCCUGAUAACAGUUCCGCCGGCGGAAACUGCAUGCUCUGUACCCGGGACGAGAGAAAUUCUUUUGAAGAGAGGAGAUCUACUAUCUUUACCUAUCCAAGUAUUUGAAAUGGUGCACCUAAUUACCUAUCAGAAAGAUGUGAUAAACAGAUACUCGAGACUGAGCUGCAUCCUAGAAUUGGACACUGCUUUGGCGCAGCAUAAUCACAGGGAAGCUUUCAGCUCCUCCGAGCUGAGUGUGGCUAAGGACAAAUUAGUCAAAUUACAGGAUCUACAAUCGCAAGUUAAUAUUGUAUGGAAGGGAGCCAGAUGGCUCAUUGACGUUAUUUCGUUUGCCAGAGACAGAGGUUCGUCACAACAAAACAUUGCCAGUCAAAUUUCUGGGAUCUCCAUGAGACAUCUGCUAAACCUAGAUCGCAAUAAAAAUAGUAACAGCUUAAAGCGAAGUCUUCUGCAGCUUCCUCCACGCGAUCCUAAGCUAGUGAAAUCCAGUCCCGGCCGUGGGAGCUGGCCAGGACCGAAUAUAACGAACUCAACGUCGAAUUUGCUGACCACAGAAUUCAGUAAAAGUGAACAGCAGCUGCCGAGUGGUCAAUAUAUCCGUAAGGGCAGUAACUCUUCGACAAUAUCAGCCGGUGCUGAGGUGGUAAAGACCUCGGCAAUCAACUCAGCAAAGAACAAUUUGAUCCCAGUACAGAACUCAAGAUUACCUCCUUCAAAGUCUGAAGACACGCUACUUCUGACCCACUACAAACACAGCCCGAGAAACAGAUCGGCUACAGUAACUUCUGCAUCUGCCAGUACGAGUCCGCUGUUGAGUAUAAAGCCAAUUAUUUACGGAGGAUCGUUGCUUAGUGUCUCAACAGCGAUGACCAACACGACGAGCAUGUUAAGCGUCAGCAAUACCAAUUCAGAUAGUCUGCACUCGUUGAGCAGUGACGAGUUUUCCACUCCGAUCUCAAGUGUUAGCCUUAAACCAAGUCACGCGAAGUCAAAAAUAUCAAAACCAACGGCGAGUGUUGCUGCAAUUGCUAGUUCUGUGAUGGAAAGUCAGCUGAAUGAAGAAAAAGAUGAAGCCAUAAUGAUGCCAGCACCUCUUCCUGGAAUUUUACAGGUAUAUGCAGCGUACGAAACAGGCUUAGCUUCAGGAACGAGUUUAAAACUUCAUGUAACACCCCGAACGACAGCUCGAGAGGUCGUCGAUUUGGUUGUGACCCAAUUGAAUGUUGCUGUAGUCCUGAAGGAUCAAGCUGGUCCGAUUUACACUGCAGAUGAAUUACCAAAUUUUUGUUUAGUCGCUGUAAUUGGUGCAAGAGAACGUUGCUUGCGGGAUGACUUCAAGCCGUUGCAACUACAAAAUCCUUGGAAGAAAGGGCGAUUGUACGUCAGACAAAAACAAGACGUACUCGCAGCGCUUGAGCACAGUAGUAAACAUACUGCGUAUUUAUAGCACAAGGAGGUUGACGAGGAAAAAACACAAAGUCCAACUUAACAUAAGUAUUCGUUUAAGGUCAACCGAAUAGUAAAAUUUCUUUGGUAAUUUUCUGGAAAAAAAUUGGCAAAAAUCUAAGUUCAACUAUUUCCAUCACUACCCGUAAUUAUUUAUGAAGUUGUGUAACUAGAAGAACUGCAACUACUCUUCGACUUGAUUAUACUGUCAUUGACAGUAUACUUAAGCUUCUGUAAGAGUUUAUUCUGAUUUUGCAAUAUUAGUGCAGCGGCUGAAUCAUUACGCCUUAAUUAAUAUUCAACUUCGGAAUAUAUCAAAACGUGCUGCUUUGGACAUUGUGAGAAAUGAAGGCAAACUUCAUAUUGUUUCACGUAAUUAUGGUAUUGUCAGGCAAUAUUUGCAGAGUUUGCAUCGGAAGUUAACAUUCCAAAGUUAAACGGAUGUUUUUGGAUGGAAACAGAUUUUAGCUAAAAGUAUUUUUGAAAUUAGUAGGUAGUUUGUACAAAUUACUCAUAUUUGAAACAAUUAUAUUUUAGGUACUGAUCUCAGUGUACUAAUAGCGACUAAGAAUACAGUAAAUCCAAAAGAUUUACUUAUAAUUAUUGCUUAUAUAUAAGUUGUCAUUGAUUAGCAUAACGUGAAUAUGUAUGUGUAAAAAGAAAACACAAUUGGUUCCAUAAGUUGCGAAGUAUAGUUCAAAAACUGUUAUUUAGUGAAAUGUAAAAUAGCCUUCCGAAUGAUUCUCUUCAAUAAUAGCAUAAUUUAAGAAGUCUGUAAUUACAAUUCUGUUAUCUUAAUGAAUAUGAAUAUGUAUCUACACUGAUCUAUUAAUCUGUUGCAUAUAACGGAAUAAUAUUAACUUAAAAAUGAAAAAAUAGGUACAUAUACACUAGGUAGGAUAGCUCUGGUUAUUGUCCUAGAAUAAUCGCAAAAUGAUACGCAAUCUAUUGCAAUUAACGUUUACAUGUAUACAUGAUACAUGUAUGAUAUAGUGCUCAGAUUCAAACAUUUAUUGACAGUAAAGAUAAAAAUCUAUAUUAUAAUAAUCCGUAAUGCUCAUCGGAACGGGUGUAGAUAUACGUCGUGUAGAUUGAAUACCUGUAUGUAUUUGUAUAU